CUAGAGACCAUAGUUGAAAGGGUCCUCUAAGGAUUUUGUGGUCCUUAGUAAGUCCGUCAUUAAGUUAAGUCAGUCAGGGGGUGAGAGUCUAAGUGGUGAGGAGUGGAAUUGUCAUCCAGUUGUACAUCUAUCACCAUGGUGGGCACGCGUAGCGAUACGAGUACCACCCCAUAUACGAAAGAGCAGGAAGAGAGUGCCGCCGCCAUAUUGAAAGAAAGAAAAGAGAAAAAGGAGGCCAAGAAGAAGGCCCUGUUGGAAGUACAGGCGGCGAAGAAGAAGAAGCUUGAGGAAGAGAUGGAGAGGGUGAAGAGAGAAGAGGAGGAGAAGCUUAAAGAAGUAGAAGUAGUAGUAGUAGUAGAAGAAGACGAAGAAGAAGAAGAAGAAGAAGAAGAAGAAGAAGAAGAGGAGAUACCCCUGGUGAGGACUAUGAGGAGAAAGGAAAGAGGGGAAUCCAGUGGGGUUAGUGAAGACGAGAAGAAACUAGAGAAGAUGAUGUCGGAGUGGGUGACUAACUUAUCCCUGGGGGAAGAUGAAGAAGCGUUGAUAUACAUCCCCCAGGACGAGAGGGAUGUUGCUGUGGCAAAGAUAAAGGCCCUGGCUGAUCCGUUAGAGCAGCAAGCCCUGGAAGAGGAGAAAAGAAUGGAGUGGAAAUUACUACUGAGGAGGCAGAGAAGGAGGCGCAUAGAGGCGGCUACUGAGUUAGAGAAGGAAUUGGCUGCCGCAGCAGAACAGCAUACAAAGGCGCUGGCACAAGAGGACUUGCAGAAUAAGUUGGAUGCAAUCGCAAAGAGUAUAGAUCCAAUCGAACGGAUGGUUAACUUUGUGAAGCUGAUUGCAGAGGAUCCUUUGUCUUUCCUUGGGAGAGCAAUGGGGGGCGCACCUGUGGAGACAAACCAAGAGAAGGAAACUUCACAGCACAUGGAGACCAGUAUGAUUGAGGGAGCAUUGGUGAAGAUCACAAGCUUGACGAAGGUGGCCAUGGGUGAAGCUGGCAUGCGGAUUCUUACAGAGAACCUCAAGGGGAAUGAGUUCAAUCGUGAGUGACUCAUUACGGGUAUAUUUGCCCUAUCCACCCAGCUCUCCCUUCCCCAACAAAUGUUGAGUUUCUUG